AUGCCUUGCGAGUCAAAGUGCGAUGGCUGCGCCUGUAGCUCGGGUGGCAAUCAGGGCGUGGGCAACAUCGAAGACCUCGACAAGGAAUUGGAAGCCCUCCGAAAGCGAACAAUUGAGCUAGAGCGAGCACGCGCUUCGGCGAAAAGUACCACCUCUGUGCCCGGCAGCAGGCGGAAGUUGCGGUCGACCAACUGGUUCAACUCCGGAGAUCCGGGGAUGACUGCGUUGUACAUCGAGCGGUACCUCAAUUACGGUAUCACAAGAGAGGAGCUAAUGGCAGGGAAACCAAUCAUUGGAAUCGCGCAGACUGGCUCCGACCUUUCUCCGUGUAACCGGUAUCAUCUGGAGCUGGUGAAGCGUGUACGUGAAGGAAUCAGAACGGCGGGCGGUAUCGCCUUUGAAUUUCCAACGCAUCCUAUCCAGGAGACGUCCAGACGGCCAACAGCAUGCAUCGACCGAAACUUGUCAUAUCUCGGCCUCGUGGAGGUCCUCCACGGCUAUCCCUUGGACGGCGUGGUGCUUCUGACCGGUUGCGACAAGACAACCCCUGCGUGUUUGAUGGCUGCCGCCACAAUGAAUAUUCCCGCCCUUUGUAUGAACGUUGGUCCGAUGAUCAACGGGUACCUGAAAAACGAACUUGCUGGCUCAGGCAUGGUCGUGUGGACGGGAAGAGAAAUGUAUGCCGCUGGAGAGAUCAAUGAGGAGGGCUUGGUUGAUUACAUCUCUCGAGGUGCGCCAUCAGUAGGGCACUGCAACACGAUGGGUACGGCAUCGACAAUGAAUGCGUUAGCGGAAGCUCUCGGAAUGGCCCUGCCAGGAUCUGCUGCCAUCCCCGCUCCUUAUCGCGAAAGAGCACAAUGCGCUUAUCAGACAGGACUGCGGAUCGUCGAAAUGGUGGAGUCAGACCGGAAACCGAGCGAUAUUAUGACGCGUGAGGCUUUUGAGAAUGUAAUCGUUGUCAACACUGCUAUUGGUGGCAGCACCAAUGCCCCCAUCCAUAUCAACGCCAUUGCGAAGCACAUGGGAGUUGACAUCUCAUUAGAUGACUGGGAUCAGCUCGGGUUUCACAUCCCGCUUCUACUCAACAUGCAACCAGCAGGGGAGUAUUUGGGCGAGGAGUACUAUAGGGCUGGUGGCCUUCCAGCUAUCAUGGCAGAGUUGUUGGAUGCUGGAAAAUUGCAUCCCGACGUUCUGACCUGCAACGGGCGUACUGUAACUGAAAAUGUGAAGGGACAACACACUUGGGAUCGACGAGUCAUCAAGCCAUACGAUGAGCCCAUCAUGAGAGAUGCUGGGUUCGUGCACCUCCACGGAAGCUUGUUCCAGUCAGCAAUUAUGAAGACAUGUGUCAUCUCAGAGCAAUUCCGGCAAGCGUUUCUGGAGAAUCCUGAAGAUCCAAAUGCUUUUGAAGGCGCAGUUGUUGUGUUUGACGGGCCGGAGGAUUACCACAGCAGGCUGGAGGAUCCUUCCACGCCCAUUGACGACAAGAGUAUCUUGGUGAUGCGCGGCACUGGCCCGCUAGGGUACCCUGGUGCGGCCGAAGUCGUCAAUAUGCACCCUCCUGGACAUCUGUUGCGACAGGGGGUCAAGUCGCUGCCAUGCAUUGGGGACGGUCGACAGUCGGGAACUUCCGGGUCACCCUCUAUUCUGAACGCAAGCCCCGAAGCAGCAGCAGGUGGCAAUCUGGCACUUCUCCGAACUGGUGACAGGCUUCGCGUUGACCUCAACAAGCGUCGCGUUGAUAUUCUGCUCCCGGAGGAGGAAUUGGACAAACGAAGGGCCAGCUUGGAAGCCACGGGUGGUUACAGUGUGCCCAAAAGUCAGACACCAUGGCAGGAGCUCUUCAGAAAGGAGACAAGCCAGUUGAACGAGGGGAUGGUUCUUCGCGAGGCGGUCAAGUAUCAGCGACUGGCUCAACGAGGUGAGACUCCCCGCCACAAUCAUUGA